CCAGCGUCCGAGUUUCCGACUACCAGCAUCCAGCCUUUGCUCUGGGCUCCGUGCGUCCUAUGCAAAGGGCCGCAUGGCCCCUCAUCUCCCCCAGAAAGCCCUCUAGCUUUUACCUCCGUCCUCACAACAGAACAUUUGUCGCAACGGCCCGGUACUUCAAUCUUUCGGAUGGAUUGGAUGAAGUCAAUGGGUCCUCAUUGGUUGGCGCGUUACAACGUCCAUCACCAAAGACCACCUCACUCGAGACAGACUCGUUACCACAGAAAGCGCAUCUUUUUGACGCCCUCUCCUCUUCAAAUAGCGCGUUGCAGGGUCUUCCCCAAUCUUCACUCGACAUCCUCGCCCAAGUCGACCGUACUCUUCCGGCUAUAUUGGGAGAAGUCGAAACUGACUCGACAUCCAUAUUCGAGGACUGCACCUCAGAAGAAUAUACGGUCGUUGUCAACGCCUUCCACCCCCCCGCUCCGACCUCUUCCCAAACUCUCGAGUCUCUUGUCUCCCAGGAGCAGGAUUAUACUCGAGCGCUGCGUCUACUGGACGAGUUGCAGGCCGUAGGGACUAUCAUCCCUCGUUCACCUAUCUAUGCAGACGCGGCCGUCGCUGUCUUGAAUGCGACUCCCAAGACGGAGGACGAGGCAGCCAACCAAGUACAUAUGUUGACCCAGUGGGUCUCGCUCCUCCCUGGUGCAGAAGCGCCGGAAGCAUUUCGCUCUGUGUGGGAGCACUUGUGCACUUCGACUUUGGACUCAGUCCGAGUCUAUUCAGCGCUUGCGCUUCUCGGUGUCGAAAAAGGCUUCGCGAAUGAGGUUUCUGCGACCGCCAUGCGUCUGAUCAGCACGCAGGGCGACCUGUCGAGCAUCAAGUACGGCCUAGAGGAGAUCCCCAUCCGGCACGAACGAUACCUCAAAAACUCCAGAUGUACCCAAGCUAUACCCAAGUUGGUCUCCACACUUCGGACGCAGAUCCUGUCAGUCGCCAUCCAGACAUUGGCGAGGGAAGAAAGAUUCGACGAUGCUAUACAACUUGUGCCAGAUCCACUGGAAACGAAUCUGCAUGCCACUCCCUAUGCGUACAACUAUCUCAUCCACAAGUUGCGCGCAACGAAGAACGACGCCUAUCUACCUUAUAUCCAAUUUGUGGCACAGCACAAGUCCGUCGCCCGACUCAAGUCAACGGCAAUUCGCAGGUGCCAUCCUGAACAGCUUGGGUUGUGCAUCCGGUCGCUCGCACAUGCUAAUCGAACGGAUCUGGCCACCGUUCUCCUAGAAGAGGUCGUCCACCUCCGAGUCCCGAUAGGCCUUCGCACCUACACGUUCCUGCUGGAAAGGCUGAGGGCUGCGUCGGGUGACGAUGUUGUCAUUCAACGAAUUGCAGAACUUGCCGAGUCGGCGCAGCCUGACGAUUCGAGCCAGAGUCCCGACUUCGAUUACGGCAAAUCCGUUCAGGUGCUGACACGAUGUUGGUCACUAGACGAUGCUCUUGCACUAGUCUAUCUGUAUCAUCAAAACACCCCCUCUCCGCUCCGUUCCAUCCUUAACAAACUGUUGUGGAGACUGUCCGCAUCCUUUGAUCCUGCAUACGCCAAGGACAUUGCGAGGCUGACCAAGCUGGCCAAACCACCAUCAAAGUCGGUACCGGAGCCAUCACUUCAGUACUGCUUGUCUCUCAAAGCAGGCCAAACUUCUGCGUCUGAUCUAGCAGCCUAUCUGCGGCUUCUGAAAGCGCGUUAUCAAGCGCCGAACCCGCACGGGAUUCCACAGGUGCAUGUUGUAUCGCAUUUCCUCCAUCUGUGCCUGGCCAGCGACCGGCUGCGUGCUAUAUCUCUUCUGCGCAGUGUUGCCUUCAAGCGGAAGGCGUCUAGGCUCUCGUUCAUCAUUGGGCAGAUGGUCUACCAGGAACGCUGCGGCAGACCUGAUCUCGUGCUCAGGAUAUUCGCUUCCCAUUUCCAUCUGUCUGGCGUUCCCCGGGACUCUGUUUUGCUUCAGCUCUCGCAUCUGCCGGAAGUGGAUCCAGCGGACUCGAUUUGGAUAUCUCGUCGACAGGUCAAGCUCCAUCCGCGGCCGGAAAUCACCGCUGUGGUUUGGCGGGCGCUGCUCAAAUUGAUACAGGACCACAGCUCUCUGGAGAACCUGUAUCGCUCUUUGCUGGGGGCAGCCCGGACGGGAAAUGCGGAGAGCCCGGUCCAGGCUGGUGGAAUGACAACCGUCCCUCUCAGGAUACAUCCUCACGCAAUGACACCCUUCAUCCGACGACUGGAAGAUGCCUUCGGGGGCGAUCGUGGGGUGCAAGCGGUUCGCGAGAUGAUUCAAGCUGGGGUUCGACCCACGAUUGGACACUGGACCGAAUUGGGUCGGCUGUAUGCAAGGAGAGGCGAUGUCAAGCAAGUCAUGACCGUAUUGGAUCAAGUCGAGUUGUCUGCCACCCAGAACCUUCUUGAACUCGACGUCACCUUCUAUGCCAAUUUGAUCCGUGCAUUGCUCGAUCGGAACAGCGUCCGAGAAGCACAAAUCGUCGAGCAACGGUUGCUGGCGAGCUUUGAACAUCGUGCUGAGCCGGAAUCCAGUCUAAGUAAAUUCCUUCAUUCGCUCCGAAGGGACAUCCAACAGGCGCAGGUGUGUUGA